UUGAAGGGGAUGCAUUUGUCUAAGUGUGAAAGGUCUCAACUUUGAACCAUAACAUAUUACUCUGUUUUUUCUGUUUGUUCCCAAAGUACCCUUUUUCCCUUCAUACCCACUCACUCCAUUCCUCUCUCUGUCACUGAUUCAACACGUGGCCACCCAUAUGGGACCCACCAUUUCCCUUACCCACCUCCCGGUUUAUAUAAACCCUUAACACUUCCUCGCUCCUAAACCAACUCUCCCUUCUCUCUUCUCCUCUCUUUCUCCACUUCUACAAAAACAAAAAAAAAGCAAAAAACAGAGCCUUAACAAAUCGGAAAAUUGAACUCUCACUUUAAGCACCAAAUACUGAUUGCGCAAACUUAAAAAAAUGGCUUCUUUCACGGCAACGGCGUCGGUCUCUCGGAGAUGGGUCGGUGGCAAUCAUACUCAGCCGCCAUUAUCGUCUUCUCAAAGCUCCGACUUGAGUUAUUGUUGCUCCAUACCCAUGAAUAGUGGUGUCCAAAAAAAGCUCACUGUUUCUUCUGCUCUUCACACUCCUCCCGCUCUCCAUUUCCCCAAGCAAUCCUCCACCUCUCCUGCCAUUGUUGUUAAUCCCAGAGCCAAAGAAUCCGACACUAAACAGAUGAAUUUCUUCCAGAGAGCGGCGGCGGCUGCUUUGGACGCGGCGGAGAAUUUCCUCGUCAGCCACGAGCGACAACAUCCGCUACCUAAAACCGCCGAUCCUAGUGUUCAGAUCGCCGGAAAUUUCGCUCCGGUGAAUGAACAGCCCGUCCGGCGUAAUCUUCCGGUGGUCGGAAUAAUACCCGAUUCCAUCAAAGGUGUGUAUGUGCGCAACGGAGCUAAUCCGCUUCAUGAACCGGUGACUGGUCACCACUUCUUCGACGGAGACGGUAUGGUUCACGCCGUCAAAUUCGAAGACGGUUCAGCUAGCUACGCUUGCCGGUUUACUCAGACAAAUCGGUUUAUCCAGGAGCGUCAAUUGGGCCGACCGGUUUUCCCCAAGGCCAUCGGCGAGCUUCACGGUCACACCGGAAUUGCUCGACUCAUGUUAUUCUACGCCAGAGCUGCAGCCGGUAUAGUCGACCCGGCACAUGGAACCGGAGUAGCUAACGCCGGUUUGGUUUAUUUCAACGGCCGUUUAUUGGCGAUGUCGGAGGACGAUUUGCCUUACCAAGUGCAGAUCACUCAAGGUGGAGAUUUGAAAACCGUUGGCCGGUACGAUUUUGACGGGCAAUUGGAAUCCACAAUGAUCGCCCACCCGAAAGUCGACCCGGAAUCCGGCGAGCUUUUCGCUUUAAGCUACGACGUCGUUUCGAAACCUUACCUGAAGUACUUCCGAUUCUCACCGGACGGAACGAAAUCGCCGGACGUCGAGAUCCAGCUCGAUCAGCCGACGAUGAUGCACGAUUUCGCGAUCACGGAGAAAUUCGUGGUGAUACCGGACCAGCAAGUCGUUUUCAAGCUGCCGGAGAUGAUCCGCGGUGGCUCUCCGGUGGUUUACGACGAGAACAAGGUUGCGAGAUUCGGGAUUCUAGACAAAUACGCCGAGGAUUCGUCGAAAAUCAGGUGGAUUGAUGCUCCGGAUUGCUUCUGCUUCCAUCUCUGGAACGCUUGGGAGGAGCCGGAAACAGAGGAAAUCGUCGUGAUCGGGUCGUGUAUGACUCCACCGGACUCAAUUUUCAACGAGUACGACGAGAAUCUCAAGAGUGUCCUCUCUGAAAUUCGCCUGAAUCUCAAAACCGGAGAAUCCACUCGCCGUCCGAUCAUCUCCGACGGAGAACAACAAGUCAACCUCGAAGCAGGGAUGGUCAACAGAAACAUGCUCGGCCGCAAAACGAAAUUCGCUUACCUCGCUUUGGCCGAGCCCUGGCCUAAAGUCUCCGGGUUCGCUAAAGUUGAUCUCGCCACCGGAGAAGUCAAGAAACAUCUCUAUGGGGAUAACCGUUACGGUGGAGAACCUCUGUUUCUUCCCGGUGACGAGAAAAACAACGGAGGAGAAGACGACGGACACAUCCUCUGUUUCGUUCACGACGAGAAGACGUGGAAAUCGGAGUUACAGAUAGUUAACGCCGUUACUUUGGAGGUUGAAGCAACGGUUAAACUUCCGUCAAGAGUUCCGUAUGGAUUUCACGGCACAUUCAUCGGAGCCAAUGACUUGGCGCAGCAGGUGUGAAGAUUAUGUGUAUAUACACAUUCCUAUACAUAUAUAUAUAUACGUGAUGAUGAAGAAGCUUCUAGAAGAAAAAGAGAGAGGGAUUUACCAGUGGGAUGCUCUGCAUAUACGUCCCCGGAAUCUGCUCCUCUUGUGUUUUCUUUUUUUGAUUUUGCUCUGUUUCUCUGUAUUUUUUUUUCCUCUUGGGGUGCGGUUUGCUAGUUCCCUGUUUUUUGGGGUCAAUCUAGAAAUCUGAAAGAUUUUGAGGGACCAGCUUGUAGCUUUUGGGCUGUAGGGUAGCCUAGCCGUUCGAGCUCAGCUGGUUUCUGUUAUUCUUUCACUUAUUUGUUCAUAAUGAGAAGUAUAUAUAAAUAUA